GUUUAAGCACAGUUGUUGCCUUAAAGCCUCUUUCUGAAAAGACUCUGCUCCGGGAACAAGAUGGCAACCCAGCAGCUCUGCUCGAGGUUAAUGGGGCUGGCUGUCUUGCUAACACUGCUGGCUCUAAAAGAUGUAUCCAGCGACAGCAGCUUACACAAGAUCUUAAGAAAAAGAGAUGUGUCAGGAGCUGGUACUGCCCCCUCAAAAUCCUCCAUCGCCGUCCCCUCCUCCAAGGCUCAGGAGUUUCUGGCCAAACUGAGCAGAACCAAGAGGAAUGUCUGGGAUCGCAGUCGGCCGGAUGUGCAGCAGUGGAUUAUGCAGUUUAUGUACAUGGGAUUUGACGAGCAGAGGCUGGAGGCUGAUCUGUCGUACUGGAUGGACCAUGCUCGCUCCACUGACCAGGGGCGUCAGCACCACUAUGAUGAAAACUCCCCCAUGGGCCCGCGGGACCACAGUUCUUACAGACAUGGAGCUAAUGUUAACUACGACUACUAUUAACACCAGUCUGUGAGGGUCUGCUGGUUUGACACCUGCCAGGCAGCUGUCAUCAUGCAAGUGCUCGCCACCUGCUCCAGCUUCUUUGUUUUGAUGGCUACACCCAACAGUAUAAUGCCUCUUUUAUGUCUGACCUCGCAUCAAAAAUAAAAUGGAAAUAACACAUUA